AUGGAAGUAUUUAAUUUUCACUAUUCAAUAUUUGUUUAUUAUUUCAUAAUAAUAUUAUUUUUUUCAUUUAUAAAUUUGAAUGGUACUUUAACAAAUAAUAAUAAAGAAAGAUUUAAUAUAAAAAUACGCGCAGGGCAAGUUAUAUUUGAUGAAACUGAAGGAAAAAUUUUACCAAAUGAUUAUGAAUUUUUAUUAAGUCCAGAUGCAGAAGAUGACAUACCAGAUCGUAUAUAUGAAGAUGUCUUUCCAGAUCUUCCUCCUCAUGAUUAUGUAUUAAGAGGUAAAUAUAUGGGACAAAUAGAGUCAAAAUUUGUAACUCCUCAACCAACAACAACAAAAUUCCCACAUACUAAACCACCAAUUGAAGUUCCACAAAAUUUUAAAAAUGAUAAAGAACGAUUUAGAUGGUUGAGCUCACUUUAUGAUACCUUAUUUCCAGAUGAUUCUCAAAGUAAAAGUAAUAAUAAAAAUAAAAUAAAAAUUGAACACAACGUUCCACUAAAAAUUAAAAGUGGAGGUCAAGAGAGAAAUAAAUCAAAAUUGGUUGUUCAACAAGUAACUACUAAUUUAAAUAUCACAAAUAAAGAUGAAGAAAAGAAUAAAAUUGGUGGAUCAUUAAAAUCUAAAAAUUUGAUUAGUGCUGUUAAUGAAAUUAUUGAAAAUAAUAAAGAAAAAAAUGUUGAUAUUUUAACAAAUGAUUAUAAUGAUAAUAUAAGUUUUAAUGAAGCUUUAAAGUUAGCGGAAGCAGAAGCAAAACGUGUUUUAGAAGAUUAUAAAAAACGUGAAAAAGAAGCAAAAUCAAGAAAACAAGAAGCUAGAAAAAGUAUUUUAAAUAAUAAAAACUCUAAACAUCAAUCAACAGUUCCAAAUUUAUCUUCAAAAGAGGAAAAUUUAACAAAUAAAAAAUUAAUUAUUAAUAGUGAAAUAGAUAUUUCUACAACAACAAAAUCAAAUAUUAAUGAUAUAUUAUUAUCUAGAUUAUCUGAUCCAAUUACUACAACAACAACAACUAAACCUCCAACAACAACAACUAUUUUAACAAUUACUUUUCAAAGUAAUAGAAAUUUAUUACAAAAUAACAUAAAUACACCACCUAAUAAUGAUAAAAAAAUAAUCAAUAAUAUAGUUUCUGGGACAUCAAAUUUUGGAAAAAAUAAUAAAAUAGAAACAACAACAAUAUCAAUAAUUGGUAAUAUGAGAUCAAGUAGGAAAAUGUUUGAAAUUGUUGUAACAACAACAAAUAAACCUUUGUCAAAGAAUUCAAAAUGUCCUACAUUAAAUGCCUAUCGUGAUGGAAGACCUCAUCCACAAACAAAUAAAUUUUGUCAAACAAAUAUUCCAGGAAUUCCAAAUGAUAAUACAUGUAAAUGUAAAUAUUUGGUAGGAAGUCGAGAUUCUAAUAAUUGUCCUUCAUCUUUUUUAUAUCUAUGCAAACCAACUGUUGGAUAA